GGAAAGCACGCAAUUCACUAUACGUGUUAGUAGGCGUGUUGUGUGUGGACUUUAUUGUAUUUGUGUGUGACAUGUUUCGUAAGUGUGUUAUUUUGGCGGUGCUGGGGUGCGCAGUGGCAACCCCCGUUGCGCAGUACCAAGUACAGCAGGAAGAAGGCAUUCCCCCUCAUCUAUUAAGGCAGUAUAUCGGCCAGGGUCAGCAACAGCACGCACCCCGUCCCCAACAUAUACCGCAAGCUGCGCCUGCGCCAGCUAGAUUGCCAUACAACAUUCCAAGUGAAAAGCAGUACCAGCCCCGUCCUCAGUACCAGCCCCAGCCACAGUAUCAGCCUCAGCCUCAGCCCCAGCACCAACCACAGCCUCAAUACAGACCCCAACCACAAAGGGAAGAAAGGCCAGAAGACUUUGAUGCCAAUCCAUCUUACCAAUUCGGUUUCGACGUCAACGAUGAUCAGUUCACCAACUACCAAAACCGUAAAGAACAGAGAGACGGUGACGUCAUCAAGGGGUCUUACUCCGUGGUAGACAGUGACGGUUUCAUCAGAACUGUUACGUACACCGCUGACCCGAAGGAAGGCUUCAAGGCUGAGGUAUCCCGCCAACCUACAGACAUCGUAGUCAAAAUCCCCACGCCAAAGCCCCAAAUCCAGCAGCAACAUGUCGCGCAGCCGCAACCCCAGGUGCAACAAGUCGCCCAACCUCGGCCGCACCCCAACCAACAACAGUACUACCGUUACGAAUAGUUCUAGACCAUUCUAGACUCAUCGAACAAUGUCUACGGCAUCAUGAUUAACUUUCUUUUUUUCUUAUAACAAAAUGAUUAGGUAUCUGUUUCGCUUUUGUUAAUUGCCAGUUAAGAAAUAUUUCAUAGUCUGCAUUCCUUUAUUUUUCAUUUCAUUAUAAAUUUUCAUUCAUUAACUAUAGCAUGCCAUAUAAAAAAUGUUGUGUAUGCUUCUUUAUCUUUUUCAAAUAACUUAUUAGUUUUAUCUAUAAUAUUCACACGAUUCAACCUAUAUAAAUCUAUACGUUUUCUUCCGUAGAUAUUGUUAAUGUAGAAAGUAUUAGCUUCUAGUUGCGACCUAUUAGAUUAAGAUUUGAUUCUAAGUCCUAAAGAUUUUGUAUGUUAUGUAUAAAAAUAUUUAAUGUUUAUUUAAAUAUCACAUCUAUUUCUAUGAAACGAGAUUGAGUUUACACUUGCCAAUGGCACUUUACGCUUCGUAAUGCGAUAUUACUUUUUUAUAGAUAUUGAAUUGUUGAACAUUAAUUAGUGAUAUAAUAAUAAAAUAAAAUUUUAAAACAA